CAUUCCCUCACUCUCUCUGUCCCCCUUUCUCACCUCUCUCUCUCUCUCUCUCUCUCUCUCUCCUCUCUCCCUCCGCCCUCGCCCGCCGCGCCGCCGCCGCCGCCUCCGCCACGCCUCCGAUCAUCGAUCCGCCACCACCUUCCUCCACCUGCAAAUCCUCCUUCUCCUCAGAUCCUAUUUUCGUUUUCUCCGACCUUCUUCUCUCUCUCUUCUCUCUCUCUCUCCAUCUUAUCUCCAAUUUCUUUUGUAUUUUUAAAAUUCCAUCUCUCUCUCUCUCUCUCUCUCUCUCUCUUUUGGGGCAUUUUAGUAAAUUCCACGUCGUUUUCGCACUUUGGACGUACUCUCUUUCUCUCAGCUCGUUUUACAAAGUGAUCUGGCGCUUUUGCCCUCGAUGCCCGGGGGUGAAUUGACGUAACCGCCCUUCCCUCCCCGGGGACGCGUGGCCGCCUUUUUCCCAUGCGGGCGAGAUGAGCUACCGCGCCCGCACGAUCUUGACACCUGGCGCGUCGAGGAAACGCAAGGAGAGGGAGUCGUUUUACACCAGCGCCGCGGCUCACGCUACCGCGACCAAGCCGGCCGCCAGGCCGGCCCAGGCCCUGGCCCAGGCCCACGCCGCCGCCAAGGAGGGCCCAGCCGAGCCGCCGGCCAUGUCCGACAACCGGCUCCUGGCGGGGCUCAUGGCCCACGAGUUCCUGACGAAGGGCACGCUGCUCGGGACGAUGCCAGAGGCGGCGUCGUCUCCUCGGGGGGACGAUCCGACGCCGCCGAAGCAGCAGCAGCCGCCGCCGCAGCAGCCGCCGCAGACGGAGGAGGUGGGGAAGCCGAGCGGGAGCUACGGCGAGGUGGCGAGCAUCCUGAAGGCCGACGGGGUCCACGUCCCGGGGAUCCUGAACCCCUCGCAGCUGGCCCGGUGGAUCCAGAUGUGACGUGGCGGCCCGCUAUUGGCCCCGACGAAGCGGCUGCAGGGGAGCGCGAGGAGCACCCGAUCCGGACCCCUCUAAUCGAGAGACGGUUAGUCUCUCUCUGUCUCUGUCUCUUAGAACAAGUGUCGACUAGCCUGGAACCGUCGCUGCCGCGACAGCGCGUCGGUGUAAUCGAGGGAGAGAUGGACGGUUCGAUCGAUGAUUCCAUCUGUCAUGUAGGAGAUCAGACGGAUCGCAAUUAUAUGCAAAUUCUCUUGUUUUCCUCCGUUCUAUUUUUGGGUAUUAUGUUGUUGUGGGCACCUGGCCGGCCGGCGAUACGAUCCGGCCGGUUUUCCGGCGGGGGCCGAUCGGUGGAGCCCCCCCGGGGCCAAUUUUUUCAAUGGAAUGAUGAUGGAAUGAAAGACAUUUUGCUCCA